AAAUUAUAGUGACACUGAAACUGAAGGAGAGAUUUUUAAUUCCUUCGUGCAAUAUUUUGAUGAUAACUUGGUGCGAAAAGUUAAAGCAAUGCCAUUAGUUGAAGAAACUUCUUUACUUGAAGAUUCAUCAGUGACUUUGCCUGUGGUGAUAAUAGGAAACGGACCCUCAGGAAUAUGCCUUUCAUACAUGUUGUCAGGCUACAGACCAUAUUUAUCAUCAGAAACCAUACACCCAAAUACAAUUUUGCAUAGUAAAUUAGAAGAAGCAAGACAUCUCUCCAUUGUUGAUCAGGACUUGGAAUACUUGUCUGAGGGCCUUGAGGGCCGAUCAUCCAAUCCAGUUGCAGUACUUUUUGAUACACUUCUUCAUCCAGAUGCUGACUUUGGGUAUGAUUAUCCAUCCAUUUUGCACUGGAAAUUAGAACAACAUCAUUAUAUCCCUCACUUAGUUCUUGGUAAAGGUCCACCUGGUGGGGCUUGGCAUAAUAUGGAAGGCUCCAUGUUGACAAUCAGCUUUGGAAAUUGGAUGGAGCUACCUGGACUGAAAUUUAAAGAUUGGGUGUCUAGCAAACGAAGGAACCUAAAAGGUGAUCGAGUUAUGCCAGAAGAAAUAGCUCGCUACUACAAACAUUAUGUAAAAGUCAUGGGUCUUCAGAAGAAUUUCAGAGAAAAUACUUACAUAACCUCUGUAUCAAGACUCUACAGAGAUCAAGGUGACAGUGAUGGUCAAGACAGAGAUAUUUCAACAGAGCAUUUACAGAUCGAGAAGUCAAAAUUUGUCAAGAGAAACUGGGAGAUCAGAGGUUAUCAGCAAAUAACAGAUGGUUCUCCUGUUCCCUUUUGCCUCUUUGCUGAGAAUGUAGCUCUAGCAACCGGAACAUUGGAUUCUCCUGCCCAUCUGGAAGUUGAAGGGGAAGAUUUUCCUUUUGUGUUUCAUUCAAUGCCUGAAUUUGGGGCUGCUAUAAGCAAAGGGAAAUUUCGUGGCAAAGUGGAUCCAGUGUUAAUUGUAGGUUCUGGGCUUACUGCAGCUGAUGCAGUACUGUGUGCUUAUAACAAUAAUAUUCCUGUGAUCCAUGUAUUUCGCAGGCGGGUAACUGAUGCAAGCUUAAUUUUCAAGCAGCUUCCCAAAAAGCUUUACCCUGAAUAUCAUAAAGUCUAUCAUAUGAUGUGUACUCAGUCAUAUUCUACAGACUCAAAUCUUUUAUCUGAUUAUACCAGUUUUCCUGAGCACCAUGUGCUUUCAUUUAUGUCGGACAUGAAAUGUGUUCUUCAAAGUGUCUCUGGAUUGAAGAAAAUAUUUAAGCUGUCUGCAGCAGUAGUACUGAUAGGUUCUCAUCCUGAUCUGUCUUUUCUGAAAGAACAAGGGUGUUACCUCGGCCAUAACUCCAGCCAGCCAAUCACUUGUAAGAGUAAUCCUGUGGAAAUAGAUGCAUAUACUUAUGAAUGUGUUAAAGAAGCCAACCUUUUUGCAUUGGGUCCUCUGGUCGGAGAUAAUUUUGUUCGAUUUUUAAAGGGAGGGGCACUGGGUAUCACCCGCUGUUUAACUAUCAGACAGAAGAAAAAGCAGCAUUUAUUUGUUGAAAGAGGAGGAGGAGAUGGAAUAGCGUAAAGCAAAUUUACAAGUAAUUUGAAUGGACAGUUUAUCAUUAAACAUUUCUAUAGUGGUUUUGCAGUGUACUGGCUUAAAUUUUCUGGACUUCAGUUAACUGGAGUGGAGCCUCAAGAUACAGUAACUUCAUUUUUUAUGGUUACCAGAACUUGGUGUCUUGAUUUAUAUUGUAAUGUAUCCAAAGUGUCACUGUCAAAUAGAAACACUGCCAACUCGGUAUACUUUAAGCUUUCUAUUAAGUAUUCUUUUUCUUCCACGACUUUUUGUGAUCAUUUUUUGUUAUUUCUUAUUUUUGCUUCUGAAAUAGUACAGCAUGAAAUGUAUAAAAAUCAUACAUUUAUUAAGCCAGAAAUUGUCCUUACUCUACAUAUUAGGCCAUCUUCUCAAAAAAUGACCUAAGGACCAGCAACAUCAAUUUCAUCCAUAGUUUGUUAGAAAUGUAGACACUGCAGGCCCCACAAUAUAAUCAGAAACUACAUGCUUAACAGAUCCCCAAGGGAUAGGUUUGCUCAUUAAAGUUUCAGAGAUACACUGAUCUAAAUGAUAACGGGAUAUAAUGUAUGCUGGGUGGGAUAAGGGUAGGAGGCCUUUUCAACUCAGGUUUUAUUUAUUUUGAAACUAUCACUUGUAUAAAUCUAAUUUAUUACCAAAUAUGAUGGCUUUUUAGAAGUAUUUUUAUUGUUGAAACCUUGACAGGUACUUCAUAUUCUUCUAAUAAUUUGAACAUUCCAAUAAUGUUGCUAUAUACUGUGACAUCCAGGAACCCUCCAAGGAGAGGUUUAUUCUCCUUAACGACCAUAACAUCUAAUUAAUCUGAUUUUCAGUUCAGUAAAUUGUGGAUGAAACUACUUGUUGCUUUGUGAAUAUUGAGUUAAUGUCACUGAAACUAAGAUUUGGGCAUGGAAAGUACUUCUCAAGUUGUUACACUAUUUGGGUAUUGUCAGAAUUAAAGCUUAAUAUGGAAUGUAAAAUUAAAAUUUUCCAUUCCAGAAUGAUUAUUACUUUGAGAUCUGUAAUAGUAUUUGUUCACUGCAGAUGACAGCAGGUUGACACCGUGGUUCUUACUGGUUUUAUUUGCUCUAACCUUCAUUUAAGUUUAUUGUGUUUAGUGUCUGUAUUUCUACACAAAUCCUCAGAAUUUUUGGUGUAGAAAAGCCUUUCCAAGUUUGCUUUAGAAACAGAUUUUCAGCCCACUCAUCACUAGUUACCUCGUCUGGAAUGUGCUCAUUAAACUUCUAGUUCUGUUCUUAGAACUAAAAAGAGUGGACAAACGGAUCAAUAUUUUUCUGUCCAUUAGCUUGCAGUGCUGUGUGCUGGUUUACUAGGAUUAUAAUUCACUUUAAAUAUAAUUGUUUAGAGUAUAUUUUCUUGCAUCACCUGAUCACUUACAUGAAUUCUGAGACCCUUGGUAACUGUCAAGCCUGAUUUUAUAAACUGCAAUCCAGUUUUAGUUUCCUCUUACAUAAUUUUCAAACAGAUCUCCCAUCUUACAGAAAUGGUAUGACAUUGUAUUACUGCACUUGACCCAGUACUUGCCUGUUUGUGAACUCUGAAUCAGCUGGAUCGGAUAGUUCUCAUGUCACUUCUAAAUUGAAAAUGACCUGAUUUAGAGAUGGUUUCUAGAGAAGGAUACGACCCGUGGAAUUUCAGUAUAUCUCAAAAGUCUGCUUAAACUCAGCCAACAGCAUUUUUAUGAGAGUAUUCAUUUAAAAAAAAAGACUUUAGGGAAUCAGUAAAGUCCUAAAUAAGCUGGGAAGAUACCUUCCUCUCUGAUAACCUACCUGUAAUUUUCCAAGUUUCCUUCAGUCCUAGCUAUCCUGUGUAGCAUGUAACAUGCAAGGUAUUUCUCUGAUGUACAGUACUAUACUCCUAUGUUCAUUAAUCUAUUUUCUACACUAUAAUUCCAGAUUUUUCAUUACUCUUAAAUAUUAGUUAGCUUUUAAAGGACAGGAAAAUUACUAAACACUUGACUAUUCAUAGGGUAAGUGAACAUCUUUCCUAUUUCUACUUUGGCAAAUCAUAUGCAAAUCAUACUUAAUAUGUGUUGAAAGAAUGUUUGUAAAACACAAUUUAUUGGUGAUUUUUUAAAAAGCAUACAAUAAAAUCAGCUUUACAAAUGCU